AUGGACACCGCCACCACUGGGGCAAGCGCUCCGGGGACGACGGCAGUGAGAUCACCGACGUGUCGGACCACUAUGGCGACAUCGUCUUGAAGGCGUCCCUGGAUGCCAAAGACCCCUUCGUCUGUCAGAAGGACACCCUCUCGGUGGAGGGGGUGGCGCUCGUGAAGGGCAAGUGGAGUACUUGCGGGACGCUGCCCGUCUUGGGCAACGCCGAAGUCUGCUACCCGCCCACCUGCCGACUCUACUCCGUGGACGGCUCCUUCGAGGCCGGCCGAGGCCUGGUCACCGAGCAGUACAAAGCGGACUUCGUGCUCCUAUGCACACAGGAUGCCAACGUGUGCAGGGAUUGCAUGACUGUGAAGGGCCCGCGCAAGUACAAAGUCAAGCACUUCUCCAAGGUGCAAGGGCCGAAGGCAAGCUACCUGCUGUCUGUGGAGUGGGAUGAGGACUAUUAUGGACCUGUGCACGUGAGCAUCAACGCUGAAGCCAGGUACCUCGAAAGCUGCUCCCUGGAUUUGGUUGAGCCAUACUGGUGCGAGGGGUCCGCGGAGUACGACAAAAUCCAGGUGGUGGAGCCCAUAGAAAUCCGUCGGGUCAAGAGCACGCAAGUGCGGCCACUUUCGUACAAAUUGUACAGCGGCUGUGACGGUCAGCACUGCGACCAGGUUGCCCACGAGGAGGAGCCCGUAGAGGAGAGAGAGGAGGUCCCGCGGCGGGAGACAUACCCGGGUCACCGCGGCCCCCUGCCCUCCAACGACACCCCUUGGCACGGGGAAGGGCCAAACACCAGACCUCGUGACUAUUGGCUGCGUCCGAGCCAGCGUGACCAGCCCGGGGAGCGACUUUACGAGACGCCGUACAUUGGUCAGAACGCCAGAGGCGGCGUAUACGAGGGCCAUGUUGCACAUAACGGCCGUUACGCCAAGUGGUAG